AUGCGGGUGUGGUUGGAGAAAUGAUGAUAGAUGGUGGUUGUGGUAAUAAUAAGGGCCGUGUGACAGGUCGUGACAGAGUGAGGGCUGAAAUGGAACCCGUGUGAAUAAAGGUAAAGUGUUGAUGUGUUUCAGAACGCGGUCUGGACGCAGAUCUUCAGGUUGAGGGAAUAUCAGUGAUUUCCUGAUUGUGGUCUUUCACGUCGCCGGGACACGUCCAGUCUCCUGAAUCCUCCAGGCUGUCCAUCAUGGCGAGUGACGUCCACAGUAAAGGCGUGACGUGGGACACUUCGAACGGAAACCUGACCCCGGUCGAGCAUCUACCCAACAGUAGGUCGGAGAGUCCGACUCCGGGGCUGGUGGAAGGGACGGAGCCGGGUGCAGGUCAGGAGCGUGCCAUGUUCGUCCACACGCAGUCUUUCGAGGACCUGACCGCCGACGUGGAGCUGACCGGAAGCCGGCUCUCUGAGAUCGAGGAGGUGGAGGAGGAGAAGGAGGAGGAACAGCAGCAGGGAGGUGGAGGAGGAACAGGAGAAACAGGAGGAGGAGCAGAAGGUGUUGAAGAGCCGAAGCAAGAGGUGCAUGCUGUAGUACGAGAGAAGGAGGAAGACGUGACCAGCGAGACGUGGCGUCACAAGAAGCACGUGUUCGUCCUGAGCGAGGCGGGGAAGCCCAUUUACACGCGUUACGGCUCAGAGGAGGCGCUUUCCACCACCAUGGGGGUCAUGAUGGCACUCGUGUCGUUCGUAGAGGCCAAUAAGAACGUCAUACUCUCCAUUCACGCAGACGGUCUCCGUGUGGUGUUCCUGCGUAAGAGCCCGCUGGUGUUGGUGUGUGUGUCUCGCACAGGUCAGUCUGACAGUGAGCUGUGGAGAGAGCUGCACUACGUCUACUACCAGAUCCUGAGUCUGCUCACUCUGCCUCAGCUGCAGCGCGUCUUUCAGCAGCGGCAGAGCUACGACCUGCGCCGGCUGCUCUCUGGAUCGGAGCGCGUGACCGCGGGGCUGCUGCGCCUGCUAGAGACGGACGCCGGGCUGAUGCUCAACGCCACCAUGAGCCUGCCGCUCUGCGGCACCACGCGCAACAUCGUCUGCACCAGCCUGCAGGCAGCCAGCUCCAAGAACCUGGUCUUCUCCAUCCUGCUCGCCGGUGACCGACUGGUCGCCCUGAUCAGGAAGAAAGAGCAGCACCUCCAUCACACUGACCUCCACCUGCUGUCUAAUCUCGCCGCCUCGUCCUCGUCCUUCAGGCAGGGUGAAGGCUGGACGCCUGUCUGCCUGCCUAAGUUUAACGCCUCAGGGUUUUUCCACGCGCACAUCUCGUACUUCGAGCCGGCGUCCGAUCUAUGUCUGAUCCUCGUCUCCACAGACCGCGAGGACUUCUUCAACCUGUCCGACUGUAAACAGCGCUUUCUGGAACGGUUGAAAAAGCGCAACGCCUACCAGACCCUGAAGGAGGCGCUGCACUCACCCACAUACCCUGUCUCUCAGGUGGGAAUCCCUGAGCUCUGGCACUUCAUCUACAAAUCCAAAAGUUCUGGGCUGUACACCAGCCCAGAGCUGCCUGUUCCUUAUCACACUGAGGAGGAGCAGGAGAGGCUAAUGGACUUGUACCAGUACCUCCACAGUCGCCUGCACCACCUGACCCGACCCCUGCGCUCCAUCUACCGCUGCACCAACACCGAGAACCUGCUCGCCUGGUCCACCAGUGGCUUCGAGCUCUACCUCUGCUUCAGUCCUCUGGCCACCAAAGCUCUGGCCAUGUCAGCUGUCACCAAACUGCUGAAGUGGAUCAGGAAGGAGGAGGAUCGUCUCUUCAUUCUCAACUCGCUCACAUACUGAUCCCUAAUCCAGAGCACAGGAGACUGCACACCUGAGGCCUCUAGACCACUGACACUGUGCCGGAGCUGCUGUCGAGAUCUUACGGACCACAUGUAAGAAAAAUUAAGAGGAGCCAUUUCAUAUCCUUCAGAGGGUCGGAGUAAAGUGACCUUUACACCAAAGCCUCAGCAACAACAAAGAUGAGGAUGACUGGAUGUUGUGUACACAGCACCACAAACAAACAACUAAACAAACAAACAAAAACACUAUCACACUGUAGGGGCCAUGUGUAAUAUCUAGAACCAUAAAGUACCAUUUAGUAUCAUAAAACACGGCUACGCUUUAGACAGAAAGAUAAAAAUUCCUCACAGGAUUCCUCACAGGAUUCCUCACAAGAUUCCUCACAGGAUUCCUCACAGGAUUCCUCACAGGAUUCCUCACAGGAUUCCUCACAGGUACCUUAAGGGUACCUUACAGGAUUCCUCACAGGAUCCUCACAGGAUUCCUCACAGGAUUCCUCACUGGUACCUUAAGGGUACCUUACAGGAUUCCUCACAGGAUCCUCACAGGAUUCCUCACAGGAUUCCUCACAGGUUCCUCACAGGUUCCCCAUAGAUUCCUAAAAGCUUCCUCAACAUUUCCUCAAGGUUUUUUUUAAACAGUUCCUGUUUGGUUACCAGUUUAAAAAUAAAGGUGCUUUUUAGAGCAGUGCCAUAGAAGAACUACUUUGGUUCCCUAGAGAACUUUCAGCUUCAGCUGCUUUUGGGUUCUUUCUUUAUCUUUUUUUAAAAUGUAUUUUUCUGUGGAGUGAAACCAAUUGGAUAAUCAUUUCCUCUGCACAAAUAAUUCUACGUAAUGCUAGCAUUAAAGGUGCAUUUUUUUCCUUUAGUUCUCCUUGGAACCAACACAAUGAUGAACGGUCCAAAAAGGUUAUUCAAAACCACUUAAUCUUCAUCAUCGAUGUAACGGUUUAUUUUUUCCUCAGCUUUAUUCCCCAGUCUGUAGCACAUUGCUGUUUUUUUUUGUUAGUACUUUUCUUUGAUUAAAUCUUUCUCUAUGGGUUCUACACAGAAAAGUAAGGUUCCAGGGUUCUUUUAAUCACUGCACUUGAAGAACCUUUCGAUGUUCCAGGAGUGUAUAGAGCAUCUACACCUGAAUACUGCGACAUGUAUCCUUAGAGCCAAGUGAAUGCUUCACGUUUUGUACUUCCUGUUUCGGAUUUUGUUGGAAACUGCGAGACACGAACGCUUCUCUAUGGAGCAGAUUUUUGGCCUCAUAACUGACUAAAGAUGUUGAGACAUUUGUUUUAUUUGUUUUCGUUUUGUUUGUUUUUUUUCAAAGAGGAAAUGUCUCGAGCUCAUGGUGCAUUUGAUGAUUUGAUCAUACGUUUUUGAUCCACUCGCAACCAUAACUGCAUCCGGCUCAGAUCUUAGAGCUGUUCUUAUGUGGUUUAAGACAAAAUUGUGGACAUUUUUGAUGCUCUGCCUCUAAAAUGUGAAAUCUCCAUUCUGGACAUCAGAUUGUAAAACACAAAUCUUAUCAUGUAGCUUUAGCUAAGCUUUAUAGAACUCUAAUGUAGGAGUGUAGCCAUGGCUGACUGACUUUAGGAUAGGUGAGGGUACGAGGGGGUAUUUCACGAUGGUGAAUAUCAACUCAAUAACUUGCCUUCACCUUUUAUCAUCAUUAUAAAAGUAAAAAAAAAAUUAUUAUAUAUAAAAGACCGUCACUGUUCUAACUUGUACUGACACGUCGACGUGGUUUAUAAUAGCUAACAAUACGACGUUUGAUAACGAUCUUACCGCAUCUCACCUCCACACAGGCCUGGAAUUAAAGUUCCUAACAGUAACCCGUCGGAUGAAGUGAACGACGGGAACGCGUAUACGACAGCGCUAUCGUAUACGAUAAAGUGCAGCGCUGCUUUAAUAAUAAUGAUCUUUAUUCUAUAAGUUUGUAACCAUUAAAUGUGUUUAUGGGCCUCUAAUAAACAUGCACUGUGGUGUAAAGAAUUCGCCCUGCAACAGAAAGUUCUAGUUUAUAUUUCAGUGUUUCAUUUUUUUGGAAUUAGCUCCGCCCCUUCCCAGCCAAACCAGUUCCAACAAGGGGUUGGGGUUUAAAAUAAUGACUUACCGCCCCUUUAAAUGAACCUUUCCUUCACAAGUGGGUUUAACACUUAACUGGUGGUGUCCUAUUGAUCCUGGUUAAUGGAGAAUGAUUAAAGUCUUAAUUGAUACUGUAUUGGUGAAAGUAUUGGGACACCAGAUUUGUCCAGCUGUGGUUCUUCCUCAAAUUGUUUACACAAAUUUGGAGAAACACAGCUGUAUAGGAUGGAUGUGGUAGCAUUAAAUGUUCCCUUCAUUUGCACUAUUAGACCCAAACCUGUUCCAGCAGGACACAAAGUGCACAAAGCCAGUUCCAUAAAGAUCUGCUUUACAUGGGUCUUGCUAUAGAGCUCUGAUCUCAACCCUAUUGAACAUGAAUAAAUGUGAACGCUGACUGCGAGGAGCAUCUUCCAGGAAGAGUGCAUGUUAUAAUAACAGUAAAUGGAGAAUAAAUGUGGAAUGGGAUCUUAACUUUUGUCCAUAUAGGGUCUUAUUUUUGCAGACAGAAUUCUGAAUAAUAUUUAAGGUGUAAAUGUCUGAUGAUGAAACACGUGAGUUUUUAGAAUGAAAUUGACUGUGAUUAAAUGUGUAUCAAGAUAUAUAUAUAUCUAUAUAUAUCUAUAUAUAUCAAUAUAUAUAUAUAUAUAUAUAUAUAUAUAUAUAUAUAUAUAUAUAUAUAUAUAUAUAUAAAUAAACUCUGAUAAAAUCUUA